CCUAAAGACGUGACUCUCAACACGCACAGUUCUGAUCAAGCCGAAUAUUCAAAGUCAAAAUGCCGUUCAAUACAGCUCUCACCCGUAAAUUGGGGAUCAAGGUUCCUGUAGUCCAAGGAGGAAUGAUGUGGGUUGGAUAUGCAGAGCUUGCCAGCGCUGUUUCCAACGCAGGAGGUUUGGGUAUCCUGACCGCGCUCACCCAACCUACUCCUGAAGAUCUGAGAAAGGAGAUCCGAAGAUGUCGAAAGAUGACCUCAAAGCCGUUUGGUGUGAACUUGACCCUUCUUCCUGCUCUUCAGCCUCCGGACUAUCCUGCAUAUGCCCGUGUCAUCAUCGAAGAGGGCAUCCGGAUCGUGGAGACAGCAGGCAACAACCCUGCUCCUGUGAUCAAGCAACUCAAGGCUGCCGACCCUCCAAUCAUCAUUUUGCACAAGUGUACCACCGUCCGCCACGCGCUAUCUGCCAUCAAACUUGGCGUCGACUUUCUAUCUAUAGACGGCAUGGAAUGCGCCGGCCACGUCGGGGAGACAGACAUUACCAACUUCAUUCUUCUCUCGCGAGCUCGCCAGGAGUUGAAUGUACCUUUCAUCGCGUCAGGUGGUUUUGCCGACGGUCAAGGGCUUGCGGCAGCACUUUCCCUCGGUGCUGAAGGCAUCAACAUGGGCACUAGAUUCAUGUGCACCAUCGAAGCUCCCAUCCACCAAAAUAUCAAGGAGUCGAUCGUCAAGGCGCAAGAGACAGACACAGAACUAGUUCUUCGACGAUGGAAGAACACCAGCCGAAUGUUCUCCAACAAGGUUGCGAGAGAUGCCAUCAAGAUCGAAAGAGAGAGCCCGACUGGCAAGUUCGAGGAGGUCGCUCCCUACGUCAGCGGAAAGCGAGGUAGAGAGGUCUUCUUGAACGGAGACCCAGAGCAUGGUGUCUGGACAGCCGGUCAAGUCAUCGGCCUGAUCCACGACAUUCCAAGCUGCGCAGACCUCAUCUCACGCAUUGAGCGCGAGGCUCUAGAGACCAUCAACAAGGCAAAGUCGCUUUACGUUGAAGAGCUACCCGAAAGCGACAUGGAGGGAAAGCCUAUCCAAGACUCAUCAGCAAAUCCAAAGGGCGAGUACGGCGCGGUGGGAUCGAAGGUGAACAAUCCCCAGUCCGAGGUUUGGGGCAUUGGUAAGAGUAAGCUUUAGACUGGUAGAGGCAUGGCGUUGCAGACUUGAACCACGGUAUUUUACCAAGUACACACGAAUGCAUACCGUAUGGACCUCGCUUAAUGAGCUCGCCUUUUUUCUGAACAAAAUAAUCACCACUAUCCUUCUCAG